UCAAAUGAGUAAAUAACCUGGUGUAUAAAAGUACUAGGGGAUUGUGUAUUAAGUGUUGUGCUCCAGUCGAAGCGAGGCCUGUAAAGACCCUGAGAAGAUUUUUCGUGCUACAACAAAGAAAACAGUUAUACAGGUGAAAUCCAAAGGUUAACAGGGCAUUAGUAGCCGAAUGCCCAGUUACUAGGAGUGGAUGACGGAAGGCGGAACGUGCAUAGCUAUAAGGGACAAUCAGUACUACGCAGCUCCGAGAGAGGUCGCGGGAAAGCGAGAGGGAGUGAGAGGACGGCUACAACAUCAAUCCGAUCAAUCCUAUACCCACGUUUAAACUCAACAGGAGCCACUCCAGGGUUUGAGUUUUUUAGAAAUGAAGUAUCACAUGCUUCUGAGCUAUCUCAUCAACCUGACGUAUGUUGUCCUGCGUAAAUGUUCUGGUAAAAUGAUUGAAGGAGAUCCUGCCGUAGAUCGCCUUGUUGAAAUACGCACAGUACUGGAGAAAAUGCGCCCUAUUGAUCAUAAAUUGAAGCAUCAAAUUGACAAAUUGGUGAAGACUGCAGCUACAGGCUCUACUGGAGGAUCUGACCCAUCUCACUUAUGUGCACACCCAGAAAACAUGGUUAGUAAAGCGGAAGAAUCAGAGGACAGUGAAUCAGAAGGUGAAGAUGAUAAGGCAGAUGAUAAACAAGGCAAGGUGAAGAAGGGAGUGUAUGUUCCACCGAAAUUGGCUGCUGUUCACUAUGAUGGUGACAAGAGCUGGGCAGAGAAACAGCAAUGCGUGCUGGAACGUGCCAGGAAACGAGCCUUAGGGAGCUCAGUGAUGCAGGAGCUUCAAGAAGAAUACUUUGAUCAUCCAUUGGAAGUGUCACAUCGUGAUGUAGCCAAGGCCACACUAGUACAGCAACUCCAGCACAAAGAGGA